AGCUCCUUCAUCUCCAUAGAUUCUUUUUUCGCCCCAUUAUCUUUUUAUAUUACUGUUUAUUGCUCCUCCCGCCUUGAGAUCUUGGCAAAUUUGUUUUCUCCCAAUCACUCUACGUGUGCGAACUCAUUGACUGCUUGGCAUUCAUCCGAACAUUGAAGUGUCGUCAUUGCUUUUAUUCCGGCAAACAUCCCCAGCAAGUCGGACUUGACUUGGCAACCCCGGAUCUACGCAUCCCUUGUCCAUUAUAUUAUCACAAUACCAAAAGAUUGAACUCUGUGUGAGAAUUGACAAUGAAGACAGCACUUCUCUCUGGCCUCGCAGCCACGGGAUACCUUAUCUCGAGCGCAACAGCGGCGGUCCAUGUAUCCAUCGUAAAAAACCACCGUGUCCAAGCAGAUCAGCUCCAAGCCGCACAGCUCCGGAGGCGUGGGACAGUCACCGAGUCAUUAGGGAAUGCACAGCAGUUUGGUCUCUACUAUGCAAACGUCACCGCCGGGACACCCGCACAAGAUCUGUCGUUACAAAUAGACACAGGGAGCAGCGAUGUCUGGCUGCCCAGUUCAACUGCACGGCUGUGCAGGUCGAGGUCAGGAUGCGAAGGAGGAUCGUUUGAUUCGACUGCAUCGUCGACAUUCCAGGUUGUUGGACAAGACGAGUUUAAUAUUUCGUAUGUCGACGGGACUGGAUCUGUAGGAAGCUACUUCACCGACACAUUCGGCAUUGGGGGGAAGACAAUUCAAAACUUUGAGAUGGGCCUUGGAGAGGACACCACAAUUUCAAUCGGGAUCUUGGGAAUCGGUUAUGCGAAUUCUGUCGCCAAUGUCUUCACCGGCACUGGCACGUCAUACGCCAACCUUCCACUAGCCUUGGUGAACGCAGGCCUCAUUAACUCACCAGCAUACAGUCUCUGGCUCGACGACAUCGAUUCUUCUACCGGCUCGAUCCUCUUCGGUGGAAUCGACACCGCAAAAUACACCGGCCAGUUGCAGUCCAUCAAGGUCUAUCCCAGCUCCAAAUCCGGAAACGUCACCUCCUUCACCGUCGCCUUCACCUCGCUACACGCAACCUCCUCGAGCGGCACUGAUCUGCUUACCUCCAGUACCUACGCUCAACCCGCCAUCCUCGACAGUGGGACAACCCUCACUCUCCUCCCAGACGACAUCGCCGCCCUCGUCUUCGAAGAGCUCGGUGCCAUCGAUGACACGUCCCUUGGAGCCGUUGUCGUCCCCUGCUCUCUCGCCUCCAACUCCGGAUCCCUCAAAUUCGGCUUCGGCGGCGCCAGUGGCCCCACCAUCAACGUCCCCGUCUCCGAGCUUGUCCUUCCCCUCACCCUCACCAACGGCGGGACCCCGAAAUUUGAGAACGGCGCCGACGCCUGCCAGCUUGGCAUCCAAGCCGCCGGCGACCUGCCAAUCCUCUUCGGCGACACCUUCCUGCGCUCCGCGUACGUUGUGUACGACUUAGCGAACAACCAAGUCGGCCUCGCGCAGACAGACUUCAAUGCCACUGGCAGCAAUGUCGUUGAGUUUGCAAGCAUGGGCGCAGCGAUCCCGCAGGCGACCACGGCAUCAGGGCAGGACCAGAUCGGCGUGUCGCAGACGAAUACGGGGAUUCCAAGAGGAGGAGAGGCAACUCAGACGGCGGUGGGAAGUGGCGUCGUCCAGGGCAGUGCGACGCCUACCGGGGGACUCACUGCCGCGAGUGGGUUUGCUACUAAUGCUGUGGAAAAGGAAAGUGCUGGUGGGCGGCUGGAGCCGUUGAGGUGGGGCAUGUUUUCAUUCCUGGGCGUGUGGAUGGGCAUCAUGAUGGUUGGCGGGGGUAUGAUCACCUUGGCGUGAGGAAUGGACCCCGCUGUGGGUGGGGAUGUGGAUAACGACUUAAACUAUACAAUGAUGGGGACGCAUUUUUGGGAUAUGGGUGUGUUAGGUACGGAAAGCAUUAUGGCGUUCUGGGACUUCUGUCCAUAGAUGAUAGGCACUGCUGCAUUGGCGUUGAACAGAGAUGGGGAUGAGUGGGGGGUUCGGGGUGUAAAUUGUGUGCGUUUAAGAUAUACAUAAAAUCCAUCAUGUCUUACUUCAAGCAUCUCCAAGGCCUCAGGACAAACUUAUGACAAGU